AUGGCAUGUGAGAGUCAUGGUUUCUUCCUCUUGAGGUGUGAUGAUGGGGUCAACUCCAUUGAAGAGCUAAGAGUGUCAAAGCAACAACACAUAAGUCCAAAGCCUUUCAGUAGCUUCCGCGUCCAUAAGUAUAUGAACACUGCCUAUGAAUGCUUUUCAAUCGAUGAUGUUCUUCUCUCAACAUCAGUUGAGACCUUCACCAACCUCAGGUGGCCUCAAGGAAACCCAAAUUUUUGUGAGAUAUUGAAGGGUAUGAGCUUAAAGAUGACAGAAAUAAGCUUACUGGCCUUGAAAAUGAUUGUGGAGGGUUAUGGCCUUCCCCAACAUUACAUUUCAGAUGUUGAAAACAUGAAGAGUUGUACCCAGAUACGAUUGAACAUGUACAAUACUGAUGCAAACAAGGGUGCCUCUAAUGGUCACACUGACAAAGACACCUUAACCGUUUUGUGCCAAAAUGAAGUUCAGGGUUUGCAGAUGCUAUCGAGAUCAGGCAAAUGGGUUGACGUAGAAAUACCUCAGAAUUGCUUUGUGGUUAUUGUUGGUGAUGCAUUGAAGGCAUGGAGCAACGGACGAGAUGAAGAUUGA